GUAAGAUUAUUAUAUUAUUUAGAAUUUAUAGAAUUAUUAUUAUUUAAUAAUCUUGUACACCUUAAUUGUAGGAUUGUACACCUAGUGUCCAGAUAAGUGGUGUGAAAAUCAAUGGUUGUAAAAAAGAUGUGACCACAAAAAGCUAUACAACACUCUUUAAUAGCGGUGGUGUUCCCCCUACCCGUCCCGUUACUGUGUUUAAUGGUCUACCAUAUGCUAAGCCACCGGUCUGUGAUCUGAGAUUUCGAAAGCCAGUGGCGGCUGACUAUUCAAAGGUACAGCCCUUCACUGCCAGGAAUGUGGGCACCGCCUGCUUUAAUGGGGAGGACUGUCUAUACCUAAACGUAAUGACCCCGACAUUAGACAAGACCAAAAACCUACCGGUGAUGCUAUGGAUCCACGGCGGGGGGUUUCAGGCGGGAGCGGGUGGUGACUACGACGGCACCCAAUUGGCCGCCAACUGGGACGUGGUUGUGGUGACCAUUAACUACCGGUUGGGAGCCCUGGGCUUCCUGUGCACUGAUAGGCCAGACGCGCCCGGAAAUGUCGGUCUUUGGGACCAGGCGAUGGCCAUGCAGUGGGUUAAGCAGUAUAUCACCAAUUUUGGUGGCAAUCCCAAUGAUAUCACCGUAUUUGGCGAGAGCUCGGGUAGUAUAUCCAUAAGCGCCCAUAUCCUGUCAAAUGUGACCCAGGGCUAUUUUAAAAAGGCAAUCAUGGAGUCAGGGUCAGUCCUAACAAACCUCCAGAUGCGCUCCAAGGCCUACACAACACGACUGGCCAUGAGGUACGCCCAACAGUUAGGUUGCGACCCGAAAACGACUCCGGAUUAUGUGAAAUGUAUGCGCUCCACCACCAUAUCGUCGAAAAUUUAA